AAGUGCUUGCCCGUUACCACCAGAUAGCUCCAAUUUUUAUUAGAGAUUGAACUCGGUCAAGUUGCUCUGCGCAGUCUGGUCCUAGAUUCUGUACCAUGCAUCGGGCACUCUUCAUUGACGAGAUACUACAGGAAAUCUUCGACAUAUGCUCUGAGGAUGGUAAAGGUGGGAAAGUGACAUUGACUUACCUUGCAAGAUGUUGUAAGACAUGGAAAGAUCCUGCUCUGGAUCGACUGUGGAAGGUUUUGCCAUCUGUAGCGCCUCUGUUGUCUCUAGCGACAGUGAUACAUGUCAGUCAUGAAAUCGCGCCUUCCGCGGAGGUUGCGUCUGAAUCUUCAGAUAUGGUCAUCUUCCAUUCAUAUGCCAAGCGGGUCAAAUCGAUCACGCACCGGCAGAGGAUCAACACCACCAGCCCUUCGUCAAGGCUGAUUCUUCAAACUGAAGAUGACAUUCAUCUUCUCCCAAAUCUGACGUCUGCUCGCAUUUCGAUGUCCGGGUGGGGCGAAAUUCAGACGCGCCUAAGUGUGUCUCGUCACCUGCGUAACUUACAACUUGAUCUAGGAUUCAAGUCCAAGGCAUCCAGACAAGACUCAGGUG